CACCUGAGAGGGCAAUAGAACACACAGCACAAGGAGUGGAGGAGAGCAGGAAAGGAGAGCAGGAAGAACUUUGUCUGUGGGGUUGCUCUUCUCAUUGCCUUCAGUUGACCUCAAGGCUUUGUGGAACUGGACCAUGGGACACGGUUAGCUACAGUAUAUGGCCUCUGGCUGAAGCUCUAAGGACUUUAUGGGUGUUUGAGGCUCAGGCCUACUGUGGAUGUCUGGGUACUGAGCCCCUGAGUCAUUGUCUAUGAAUACACUGGCUGUCUGUACUGUAGUGAGUGGGUCCAAGCCAGCUAACCUCAAGGAGGAAGAUGUGGGAGAUGCGCACAGACACAAACAUAUGUCCUACAGAACAUGAAUGAAAAAGAACACUUUUUGUGUGUGAAGUAACACACAGGUUACACUACAGAGAGUUCUGGACUUACUCUCCCUUUCUCUCUUUCUCUCUCUCUCUCUCUCUCUCACACACACACACACACACACACACACACACACACACACACACACACACACACACACACACACACACACACACACACACACACACACACACACACACACACACACACACACACACACACACACACACACACACACACACACACCCCCUGAGACAUGGAUACUAUGGUGAAGCAGUCUCUGGUGGUGCCCAUGAAGAAGCUGUCCAGCUGUGUGACAGGAGUGAAGGAGAGAGAGGUGUGGGCCAGGCGCAGGGCCAAGAGGGGGACAGGAGGAGUAAAGAGCAGCCCUCCACGGACGGGACAGACCUCCGUCACACGCUCCUACCAAACUGACCUGGAGAAGGAGAGUUGUGUUGAUUCCAGGAUGCUGAGGGAAGCCCUGAAUGCUCAGAAGCACGCAGAGAGAGCCGCCAUGAGGGAUCACUUCAGGAAGAAGUACCAGCUCUCCAAGAGUUCCAAGGACACCAGCCAUCUGAGUGCGGCGCAAGGGAAAGUGGCACUCCCCCGUCAACUGGCUAAAUUGAUUGGUCCUGAGACCCCGGCCAAGGACGAUGGCUACAGCCUGCUGAGCGCCUUCCAAGGCCUCAACUUCAACAUGGGGAUGCUUGGAGGCAAGCAGACCAAGUCGUCCACUCCAAUGUCAGUCAACGGAGAGGCCUGCAAAGUCAUUGAUCUGCUGAUCAGACUGUUGACAAUAGAGCCAGGCUGGUCAUCCCUACCUCAGACCAUGUGGAGUGUAUCUGUGAGCCCGUCCGUGUUCCAGGGGAUACAGGGGAUGUGUGUGUCCGUGCGACAAGCAGCGUGUGUGAGGAUACAGAGGGGGAUGUGUGUGUGUCCGGCGGGGACAGUGGCAGGGCUCGGUGUGGAGGGGGUAACCCCUGCCAGAGGGGGUCCUGCGGGGAGGGGUGGAGGUAGAGGGCUGAGGCGGUUUGAGGAGAUCCCCCACACGGGCAGCAGUGGCUGGCUCAACCUGGUGAAGUUCUGGAGAGAAGACAGAUUUAAACUAUUACACAAACACAUGGAGAGGACCUUCAACACCCUCGGCCCCAUUUACAGGGAGCGUCUGGGCACCCAGAGCACUGUGAAUAUCCUGCUGCCGUCUGACAUCAGUGAGCUGUUCCGCUCUGAGGGCCUUCACCCCCGACGCAUGACCCUGCAGCCAUGGGCCACACACAGAGAGACACGGCAGCACAGCAAGGGAGUCUUCCUCAAGAAUGGGGCAGAGUGGCGUGCCGACCGUCUCCUGCUCAACAGGGAGGUGAUGAUGGCUCCUGCCGUACGUCGCUUCCUGCCCCUCCUAGACGAAGUAGCGAGGGAUUUCUGUCGUCAGCUAGCGACCCGUGUGGAGAAAGAGGGAGGAAAGGAGGAGAGGGGGCACAGUCUGACUAUCGACCCCAGCCCUGACCUCUUCCGCUUCGCGCUGGAAGCCAGUUGUCAUGUCCUGUAUGGAGAGCGUAUCGGUCUCUUCUCCACCUCUCCCUCCCAGGAGUCUCAGAAGUUUAUUUUUGCAGUUGAGAGAAUGUUGGCCACCACCCCUCCUCUCCUCUACCUGCCCCCCCGUCUGCUGUGGCGCCUGGGCGCCCCCCUCUGGACACAACACGCCACUGCAUGGGACAUCAUCUUCAGCCACGCUGAGAAAAGGAUCCAGAGAGGAGUCCAGCGUCUGCGCUCCACCCAGGCUGCGGGAGGUGGUAGUGGGGGUGCAGAGGGAGAGUUCACAGGGAUCCUGGGUCAGUUGAUGGAUAAAGGACAGUUGUCUCUGGAGCUCAUUAGAGCCAACAUCACUGAACUCAUGGCCGGGGGAGUGGACACGACGGCGGUGCCCCUGCAGUUUGCCCUGUACGAGUUGGGUCGUAACCCGGGAGUGCAGGAACAGGUCAGAGGUCAGGUGAAGGCAGCGUGGGCAAGAGCCGGCGGUGACGCCCACAAGGCCCUGCAGGGGGCUCCACUAUUGAAGGGACUCGUCAAGGAGACCCUCAGGUUAUAUCCAGUGGGAAUUACUGUCCAGAGAUACCCAGUCAGAGACAUCAUCAUCCAGAACUACCACAUACCUGCUGGGACAUGUGUCCAGGCAUGUCUGUAUCCUCUGGGGAGAAGUCGAGACGUGUUUCAGGAUCCGGAGCGGUUUGACCCUGGUCGCUGGGGGACUCAGGAGUCUGGAGAGGGGCCUGGGGGUGGUGGAGGGUUCCGCUCCCUGGCGUUUGGAUUCGGGGCCAGGCAGUGUGUUGGCAGGAGGAUCGCUGAGAACGAAAUGCAGCUGCUACUGAUGCACAUCCUGUUGAGUUUCCGUCUCAGUGUGUCGUCUUCAGAGGAGCUCAGCACUAAAUACACCCUAAUCCUCCAGCCUGAAACCCCACCACGCAUCACCUUCAGCACACUCUGACACACACCCACACUCACCCCCCAACACACACAC